AUGCGAGCCACCAUGUUUUCUUGCAUGAUUCUACUAUUAUCCUCACUGUGGCUCAAAAACGUUACCCCUUCACGUGGUCAACAAUUUACACAUAAAUACCGCAACACUUGGUGUCUUGACAGAAAUAGCAUAUCAUCAAUAGAGGCUCGUGUCUUUGCCGAACUAAGCGCUUUAGAAUAUUUGAUUUUAAAAGAAAACCGACUUACUACCCUCCGAAAAGCAAUGUUCUCGUCCUUGCAAAAUUUAAUAGAAUUGAAUCUAAAAGGGAAUCUCAUAUCAUCAAUAGAGGAUAGUCCCUUUGCCAAACUUAGCGCUUUAGAAAUUUUGGGCUUAGUAGAAAACCGACUUACUGCCCUCCGAAAAGCAAUGUUCUCGUCCUUGCAAAACUUAGAAUAUUUGCACUCAGAUGGGAACCCAAUAACUGAAAUUGAGUCAGAAGCUUUUAAUACAAACACUAGAAUAUUUAUUACUCUUGAUGAAAAUUUUCUUUGCUGCUCUCGUCUUCAUUAUGAGAAUUUAAAUUAUAAAAGUGGCCGAUGCACUUAUGAAGGGGAAAUUAAGGAAUACAACAGCUUUAAUAAAAACUAUUGUAAUGCAUUGAAGCCUCCGAAUCCUACUUAUCAAAGUACGUUCACUCCCGAAAAUACCCCGACGGACCAGCCCUCCUCUUCACAGAGCACUCAACCCUCUACGCCGGAAAUCCCACUCAUCCCUCAAUAUCCGGUCAGCGGCAACAUUCAGGAUUUCUAAUUUUUAUAUUUGGCUAGCGUUAAGCUAUGUCCUUUCCUGCUUUUCUUAAGCAAACAUAAUAAAUUGCGUAUUUUCACAAA